CUUGCACCAAAAACACAUCUUUAGUUGGCUCUCUCCCUCUCCCUGUCCCUGUCCCUCUCCCUCUCCCUCUCCAUUCAUUCUGCUCGAAGCAGCCAUGUUCAGGCCGGUGUUGCCACCAGCUCCUAUCUAUUCUUGGCGAUGGAAAGAAUCCUGGGGACGCUUACUUGUCCCCUUGACUCUAUGGAUAUGUGUUUCAGUGAGUUUGCGAUAUGGUUAUUAUGCUGAUCGCCAUAUGGUGCUCGGACCUAGCUCAUCACGUUUGAUGAAGGCAAGUUCUGUGUUUGUAGAGCAGGUUGAAGUGAGAGACGAUGAUAAGAAAGGGGUUCUUCUAUAUGGGUUCUCUGAGAAGCCAGAACUGAGUUUCGAAACCAAUUGGAGCGUAUCAGAUUAUAUGAUUGUUGCGUCUUACAGUCGAAAGGGAUUUUCUCUGUGGUUGAACAAGGGUUCAAGGAUCCGUAUGAGAUGGGAAACUCAAACUAGUACUUUAAAUCAACUUCAAGUGGUUUUGAUUAAAGGAGAACGCAAGUAUGAAACUCUGCUGCCUACGUUGACGACUUCCCCUGACACCCUUAAUCUCAGUAAACCCUUAAAUGGUAAAGAUGCUGAGUACACUAUCCAGGAGGAUGACAAGUACUAUCUUGGUCUGGUAAACACAAAUCCCAGAAGCAUCAUAAUGAAAGUAGAUGUAAAUGUUAGAUCAAAACUCUAUGAUCUUUCGAAAGCGAGGAACAUCUGCUCAACAAUAAAGGGAUCAUGCCGUCUCAUGCUUCCAUUUCCAAAGGCUCAAUAUGUUGUAGUAACCACACCUGAUAAUGGGGAUCUAGGUGGAUGGUACAUUGAGCUAUCUUUUGUAGCUCGAGUAAUAACUUACAUUGCUAUUUUAGGAUUUAUAAUUGUUAUCAUUUUCCUGGUUUUGAAAUAUCUUGGAGCCUGUGAUUCUGAGGGUAAUAUGGUAGAUACAGCACCAAGGCAAGUUUCUGAGACUGAACCUAUAUUGCCACAAAAGCCAGUUCCUUUCACAUAUGGAACCAAUGAAGAAGAUGAAGAAGAUGGAUCAUCUAGUACUUCUUCAGAGGAUUUGUACGAUGCUAAAUUGUGUGUGAUCUGUUAUGAUGAACAAAGAAACUGCUUUUUUGUUCCUUGUGGUCAUUGUGCCACGUGCUAUGACUGUGCUCAAAGGAUUAUGGAGGGGGAAGGCAAAAUAUGUCCAAUAUGCAGGAGGCUUAUUAACAAAGUAAGAAGACUGUUCACCCCAUAAGACAACUUCGCUACUUGAGCUUGAAUAUUUGUAUGACUACGUUUGAGGGAUGUAAUUUUACAUUAGUAGAGACUUUGAGUGCCAAUUUUCUAUCUGCUCAAGUACAGUUCUUGGUUACUUUAUGUGCUGCAUUGUACUGUUUCUAAGAUAUACCUGUGUGUCCCUGAGAGGACAGUCCAAUGUUAUAGGCUUGGGAUCUCUAUUAAGGGCUCGCAUGUACAAAUUGUGCUGGUUUUGGUGGAGAACUACCUCUGCUGUGUACUUUCAUUCAGUAAUAUAAAUUUCUGUUGUACCCAAAAAACUAAAUUAGUUUAUCAGUGCACUAGUGAUAUAAAAUUCUCUCUGCAGAUAUUUAUAAUUUCAAAA